AAAAGCAAGCAGUCCAAGAAAAAGAAGACGGACGUACCGCCCAAGAGUAUUUUUGAUGAAUACAACAACACUGAACCCUUUCACGACGACGACAAAGACGACAGUUCCGUGAUUACAGGAGAUGACACCCACACCGCAUUGACCUUGGACACAAAACCUCACAUGCCCAAACGAAACUGGUGUGUGGAAUACUUCCGUGUCGUAUCGACCAUUACGGGAAUAUCCUCUCUCGGAUUGCUGGCGACGCAAAUGAUACCCCUCUUCUUUGCCCCUCUCAAGAGCCAAGGAUACUUUGAUUUGGCCUUGAAAUUCUACGUGUCGCUAUUCUGCAUUCUAUUCCUCUUGGUGGAAUCCAAUGCCCCCAUACCCUUUCUCCGCAAUUCACCUAUCUUGCAAACGUUUAUUUCGAGGGGAUUUCUCUAUUCCUUCUUGGGGCUCAUUUGUUUGGAAGAAGCCUACUCGGAGCGAGUCAAGACUAUGGUGUCGGCUCAUGCGGAUCAAUUCCAUGUGGCGUGGGCAUCCUUAUUCAUGCAGAUUUCGGCCUGGUUCAUCUUUGGCUGUGGAAUCUGGUACAUGCUCAUGGGAUUCUGUUGUUUGAAACGAUUGAGAGACAGAGUGAAAAAGAAGGAUCGGCAAGUAUGGAUCAAAUAUAGAAAGGAUUUGAAAGAGUGGAAACGAAUGAAUUGA